GUUAUAUUAAGGUAUCCUAUCCUUUUCUUUUCUUUUCAAACUUUUUCUAAGUUUCAAUUGAGCGAAAUCAAGGCUUGUCUAAGUCGAACAAGUAUCACUUUUCGAAUUCCCGGUCGACCCUGCAAAUCAAACAAAAAAUUCAACUUCCAUCCAAUCGAGAAACAGUAAAGCUAGGCAGUGAAUUACAGAUUGAGUAUGGAAGUACAGAAACUUGAUUUUGUACUAGUUUCUUUGGGUUUGUUCGUCUUUGUUGCUUAUCACACUUGGCUUGUUAUCGCUAUUAAACGUAAUCCUAGACAUACUGUUAUCGGCCUUAACGCUGAGAGUCGUUCUCAAUGGGUUUUCUCUUUAAUGGCUGAUCCCCUGAAAAAUGGUGUGUUAGUGGUUCAAACACUUCGCAACAACAUGAUGGCGUCCACCCUAUUGGCAACGACAGCCAUAACGCUAAGCUCCAUCAUCGGGGUGUUUGUAAGCAGUACAUCAACGGUGAGUAAUGCAUCCUUCAAACUAGUAUAUGGUAACAAGAGCGAAAUCAUGUCAUCGAUCAAGUACUUUGCUCUCAUUCUCUGCUUCCUAGUAGCCUUUCUCUGCAACGUCCAGUCGAUUAGAUACUACGCACACGUGAGCUUCUUGGCUACGUUACCAACCUCACAAGGCAAAAAAGAGGCUAUGGAAUACGCCGCCAGAAGUUUGAACAGAGGCAGCUUCUUCUGGUCUCUUGGCUUGAGAGCUUUCUACCUGUCAUUCCCUCUCUUUCUUUGGAUUUUCGGUCCUAUCCCUAUGUUUGGUUGCUCGUGUUUGAUGUCGAUUGUGCUUUAUUUCCUUGACACCACCAACAGUUUUACGCGCCAUCUUCACUGUGAAUCCUUCAAACAUUCCGAUAACAAUGGCAUGCUGCCGAAUGUUGUCAUGAAUGACAUAUGAAGGUACUCCCAAGUCCCUUCUAUUCAUCAUGUUAUUGCCCUAGAGGACUAUUGUUAUUUUAGUUUACAGUGUACUUUCUGUACUAUGGUCAUGGUCAUGAUCAUCAACCCAAUAUCCCGUACAAAGUCAGAAUCUGAGUGGGAGAGGUAUAAGUCAAAAUUCAAGUGGGAGAGUUAGCGGAUAUACUAUACCCAUACCCCUUGAGGGAGAGGGCAAGGAGGAAUGUGUUUUUGUACUAUAUUUGCCUUUUUAAAUAGAGUAAUAUAUAUAGAAUAUACCUAUUGUAAUGUAAUGCCUUGUUUGUAGACCAUAAUAAUGAUAUUAAUGUUGUAGAAUUUAGAUAUAGAUGUAAGUAUGUAAUUUGGUACUGUUUAUUAAUUAGUUUGUAAUCGAGAUAAAAAAAUUAAUUUGUAGCUGUAUAGUUGUAUAAAGAAGGUUUAGUCUACCGAUAUAAGUAGGUAUGAAGAUAAAGAAUGUGAUUCAUUUUUUUUUA